CAGUCAGUCACAUGUGCCUCAUUCCAGUGCAAAGGAAAACUAACUUUGUUUAGUCUCUGCAGCUUUGUGGCUCCAGACAAACUACAAAAUGAAGUUUCAGAGCCUUUUUGGAUCCUUAAAAUCUGUUGUUAUUGGUAUGAUUCAUGCCAAAGCAUUGCCAGGUACUCCUCUGGGUUGUUUAAAUAUGUUGCAGAUUGUCAAAGAAGCAUGCCAUGAGGCAGAGGUCUACCUUGAAGCAGGCAUUGAUGGCUUGAUCAUUGAAAACAUGCACGAUGUCCCCUACUCGUUCAACUUGGGCCCUGAAGUGUCCGCCUGUAUGACUGCGGUCUGCUCUGCUGUCAGACAUGUCUGCCCCACUCUGCCCCUUGGAGUCCAGAUCCUAUCUUCUGCUAACCAGCAAGCGCUAGCUGUAGCUUUGGCUUCAGGUCUGGAUUUCAUCAGAGCAGAGGGUUUUGUCUUUUCUCAUGUGGCGGACGAGGGUCUUUUGAAUGCCUGUGCCGGGGACCUUUUGAGAUAUCGCAAGCAGAUUGGAGCUGAUGGGGUUCAGAUCUUUACCGACAUCAAGAAGAAGCACAGCUCUCAUGCUCUGACAGCUGAUGUGACUAUAAAGGAGACGGCCCGAGCUGCGGAGUUCUUCCUCUCAGAUGGAGUCGUCAUCACUGGGGCAGCAACCGGAGAUCAGGCUGACCCAUGGGAGCUCACAGAGGUCUCCCAGUCUGUGAAAAUCCCAGUGCUCAUCGGUUCUGGAGUGACAUACGACAACGUUGAAAACUUCCUGGAUGCCAGUGGAAUGAUCAUUGGAUCUCAUUUUAAACAUGGUGGCCACUGGGCCAAUGCAAUUGAUCCAGAGAGAGUCAAGAGGUUCAUGGCAAAAAUACAUCACCUACGAAAGCAACAGAGCUAGUUCUCACCACCACUAAACUGCUGAUUGACAAUAAAGGCAGAUUAGAUUACUUCCUGUUUGUCUGGCUUAAAUGUGCUUUAUUAGUUUAAUCCCAUCUAACCAGAGCACCUUCUUCCAGAUGAGGGUCUGCAACCUGCAGCUCCAGAGCCACAUGUGGCUCUUUAUAUCAUCCACUGUGGCACUUAAUAACUUUGGCCAAAAAUACUAAAGACUUAAUGCUUUAAAAUUUAAAGGUCUUUAAAAAUGCUAGCUGUUUUCAUGUAACAAUGUAGAGCAUAAUUUUUAACCCUCCUGUGAUCUUAGUGGGAUGCUCAGGAGGAGCGUGGCAGAUGUCACAGUCCGACAGCAGAGAGGAAGAGGGCUGAGGUCCUAUCAGACUGUCAGUUCCCUAAACCACAUACACACAAAGGAAAACCUUGUAAAAGGGUUAGUGCAACCCCACCAAACUGCACACAGGGUAAAAGGUUCACAGGGUCUAGUGGACCCUUUCUCUAAAGACCAUAAGAUGGUUAAAAAGUAUAUAUUUUUCUCUUUUAGCUGCAAAGUAUGUGCUUAUCCACCCAUCUGUCCAUCCAUCCAGUCGUCGAUCCAAUAUCUUACAUUCCAUUGAAAAACUGUGUUCAUUGCUUUUAUGUAAAUAAGUUUCAUAGCUAAAAUAAAGAUAACUGUGUUUAUUUUAAAACCUAACAACAAAAAUGAAAGUGAUUUUCUUUAAUUUAAAUG